AUGCUGGCCGUGACCUACAGCGUCCCAUCUUUCCACGACAUCACCUCUCUCCACAACAGCACCUCGCUCCACAACAGCACCUUGCUCCACAACAGCACCUCGCUCCACAACAGCACUUCCUUAGACAACAGCUCGGCUCCGACUUUUGGCAACAACAAUAUCUAUCCCAAGAGCUCCAGAUAUUAUACAUGCAAAAUGGAGGGCAACGGAGCCCCGAUCAACGAGAUCGGCCACGGAAUCGAAUACCUCUAUGACCUGCAGCCCAGCCUAGCGAGGAUUGGCGAGGGCAGACACUGCGACCACACGAACCGCGUCAAGGUAGUUGAAUGGCCUCAGAUUGCCGAUGCCGCUUCGCUCCUCAUCGACACAUGCAGGGAUACUUCUGAGGUGAUUGUGAAGGGCAAGGUGUACUUCACGAAGUAA